UAACUUUGUAUUAUGAAGUGUUAAAUGUUGGUGAGCUGCUAAGUAGGCCAUCAAAACCAGUUCGUAUAAAUAAAAGAAUUGUGUUAUUGGUUAAAGCACAAAACAGCUGUGUAAAAUUGACCUGUUCGGCACCUGACACCCUUACUGGAUUUGAUUCAUACUGUUUGUUUAUACUGGAGUAGCAAAUGAACAUCAACCGACGUCAACAUGCUUUCAAAUUCAAACAGUCUACCUAAACUGUAUCUGUCCAUUAUUGACGAUGUGAUUGAGAAUGUAAGAGAGAUGUUUCUGGAUGAGGGAGUGGAGGAGAGUGUACUAGACGAGCUCAGACAGCUUUGGGAGUCUAAGGUUUUGCAGUCCAAAGCGGUGGAAGGCUUUUCAAAAGACAUCAAUCCGUCCAAUUUUGUUCUUCAGCUUCCUGCAAAUUAUUCUCAAGCUCUUCAGAAACCCACAGCUCCGGUUGCAUUUCCAGCCAGGCAGCAUGCACAGAACAUCACAUCAAAAGCAGGCAGCUCUGGCUUGAUUGCCACAUUUUCCCUUCCACCUGGAGUGACCUAUCCUGUUCAGAUCCCUGCAGGAGUGACCCUACAGACUGCCUCAGGUCAUUUUUACAAAGUCAACGUUCCUGUAAUGGUGACCCAGGCCCCGGGGUGCCAGCGCAUUCCUUCUCAAGCCAACCCGCCCCAAGUGGAGCAAAGAAAUUUACCCAAUGUUGUUCAGAAUGUUCCUGCUCAGGUGCCCCCUCUGUGCUCCCAAAAUUUAGCCUUUCCUCAAGCUCCAAAACCACUACUACACCCACAGCAUCAGAGCCAGAUCCUGCAGCCCCAGUCUUCACAGGUCCCUCAAAGUUCUUCAGUCCCCGUCACCCCUGAGCCUAAACCCCAGCCCUCACCUGAAACCCCGGGCGAGUUUACUCUAGACGGUAUUGACUUUAACCUGCAGCCAUUGGACAUGAGCACACCCACAUCUUUGUCUGCUGAGCAGAUGCUGGAGAAUGCUGUUAAAGCUGAGCAGAAAGCUACAGCAGACAUGAUCAACACAGAGGAUACACUGAGUAAUUUUCUGCCAGACCUGGAAGGAACUCCUAAUGGUGCAAUCAAGCUGGAGAUGGACCUCCUGAGGGACUACAACUUCAACGAGCUGGCCGACAUACCGCAGCUUGAUGGGACGUGCGACAGCAGCUCAGAGCAGGGUGAAGGGGAACAAGAACAGGAGCUGGAUGAGGAAGAUCAGGGAGCUGUAGGAGAAAAUGAAUUCUUUGGCAUUAUCAACGCAGAGGCUCUGAAGGCACUGCGCAAUACCGGGGGAAGCAGCGAUGCCAACAGCCGCUCUAGCAGCGAUAGUGAUGAGCCUGAGCUAGUGGAGGAGGAAGAGGAGGAUCCACUAAACUCUGGUGAUGAUGUGAGUGAGCAGGACAUUCCAGAGAUCUUCGACACAGAGAAUGUCAUUGUUUGUCAGUAUGAUAAGAUUCAUCGUAGUAAGAACAGAUGGAAGUUUUACCUGAAGGAUGGAGUCAUGUGCUACAGUGGUAAGGACUAUGUUUUCUCCAAGGCUGUCGGCGAAGCUGAGUGGUGAGAUGCAAAAUAACCUGAACACACGGGGAAGGAAAACUGAUUUACCCAUUACCCAACUCACUGGUUGGUUCUUGAUAACUUUUGUUUCUUAUUGUGUUCUGCUAAUAUUUAAUUCUAAGUUAUUUCAAUAAUUCGAUUAAAUUAAGUUCAGAUGGAAAAGCUUGCAGACUAUAAACUAGAAGAACUGAUCUUGAUUUGUGAAUGUAAUGACACUUUUGUCGUAUUUAUGUUAAGAAGUAGAUAGAAAGAUGUCCUCUCACUGUUGGAGAUAGUCUAAAGGGCUUACAUGUUGAUUUCUUGUUUCUUGUUUCUUCUCACUGUUAAAUGAAACCCAGCAGAUAAAA